AUGGCUCCAAAAACUUCUUCGUCAUCUGGGAAAAAGAAAGCUGCAACACCUUCUGGACAGACAGUUAAAGCUCCAAAGUUCAAACUACCAAGUGAGUUUAUUACCAGACCAUAUCCUGGUGUUGUGAAAGACGAAAAUAUUGCCACUGCUUUAAUCCAUCCAUCUGUGUUGAAAGAACUGGAAAUUAGUUCAGGUUCGAUAUGUGUGAUCUGUAAACAAGGUAUGAACGGUGUUGCUGCAAUUGCCAAAAAUGGUGAUGAAAAAAAUCAACCAGCUAAUGUGAUUAUGUUAUCCAAACAAUUGAGAUCUGUAUCUAACAUUAUUCUGGGUGACCGUUUAGAAUUAAUGAAAAUUGAUAAGCAACCACCUUAUACAGUUAGUGUAACCGUUGGUACAAGACAACACAUCGAGAUAACUGAAGCUGACACUCGAAAGAAGGUUGCAAAAUUGUUGCAAAAUUGCGGUCUUAUCAUGCCAGGUAUGGUGUUCGAAAAUUUCAAAGUAAGUGAAGAAGAAGCAAUAGACAUAGUUAUUACAGAGACUAUAGAUGACAGCGUUCCAGAUGUUAGAUCAAUUACGUUAGAAGACCAACAUUUAAUAGAAUCCACUCAAUUUGUCUGCCCACCAAGUAUCUUCAGGAAGGACUCUUCUAGGUUAUUAUUUAGCAAUUCUGCAAAUGCAUCAUCAAAGUAUAAUUUACCAAUGGCUGUGUCCUAUAACUCAGUUGGUGCAUUAUCUAAAGAAAUUGAAGUUUUGAGAAAUGCUGUUGAGCUUCCUUUAAACCAGAGUCAACUAUUUGCUGAUUUCGGUAUUACACCACCAAGAGGUAUUUUACUACACGGUCCACCAGGUACAGGUAAGACAAUGUUACUGAGAUGUGUUGCCAGUAGCAGUGAUGCUCAUGUAUUGACAAUUGAUGGUCCUUCAAUUGUAUCGAAAUACCUUGGUGAUACAGAAAAUACGUUAAGAGAUAUUUUCAGGGAAGCACAAAAGUACCAACCAUCAAUCAUAUUCAUAGAUGAAAUCGAUUCAAUUGCGCCAAAUAGAACAAAUGAUGAUUCUGGAGAAGCAGAAAGCAGAGUAGUUGCUACCCUUUUGACAUUGAUGGAUGGUAUGAACGGGUCUGGUAAGGUUGUUGUUGUCGCUGCAACAAACAGACCUAACUCAGUCGACCCAGCUUUAAGAAGGCCAGGCAGAUUCGACCAAGAAGUAGAAAUUGGUAUCCCUGAUGUUGAAGGUCGUUUGGAUAUAUUAAGUAAACAAUUCAGCAAAAUGUCUCCUAAACGUCACAAUCUUUCAGAUGAAGAUAUUAAAGUUAUUGCUGCUAAGACUCACGGUUACGUUGGUGCAGAUUUGACGGCAUUGUGUAGAGAAUCUGUAAUGAAAACUAUCCAAAGAGGUCUGAAGACUGCUUCUGAUAUGUCUAGCGAUUCGUUAAAGAUAACAGUCAAUGAUGUUGAAGAUGCCAUGCUUGAAAUUAGACCAAGUGCAAUGAGGGAAAUCUUUUUGGAGAUGCCUAAAGUAUACUGGUCAGACAUCGGUGGUCAAGAAGAAUUAAAAAGAAAAAUGAAGGAAAUGAUUCAAUUGCCAUUAGAAGCUGCCGACACCUUUGAUAGAUUAGGAGUAUCUGCACCAAAGGGUGUCUUGCUGUAUGGUCCACCAGGUUGUUCAAAAACGUUGACAGCCAAAGCUUUGGCAACAGAGUCUGGUAUAAACUUUUUAGCGGUCAAAGGACCAGAAAUAUUUAAUAAAUACGUUGGUGAAUCUGAACGUGCCAUUAGAGAAAUAUUUAGGAAAGCUAGGUCUGCAUCACCAAGUAUAAUUUUCUUUGAUGAGAUCGAUGCCCUUUCUCCUGAUAGAGAUGGUGGAUCUUCCUCUUCGGCAGCCAGUCAUGUAUUGACAUCAUUACUUAAUGAAAUUGAUGGUGUAGAAGAUCUGAAAGGUGUAGUGAUUGUUGCUGCGACGAAUAGACCCGAUGAGAUCGACCCAGCGCUACUAAGACCUGGUAGAUUGGACAGACACAUCUAUGUAGCACCACCAACUUACGACGCCAGAUUACAGAUUUUAAAGAACAAUACUAAAAACUUUCAGGUGGAGAAAGCAAACAUUGAUCUGGAAGAACUUGCAAGAAGAACAGAUGGUUGCUCAGGUGCAGAAGUUGUGCUAUUAUGCCAAGAGGCUGGUUUAGCAGCAAUAAUGGAAAAUAUAGACACUGAUUUUGUAACGCCAGAACAUUUUGAGAAAGCAUUACAGGGAAUUGCCAGGGGCAUCACACCAGAAAUGUUGGAAUACUACCAAGAGUUUGCAUCUCGUAGCGGUGCUUCGAUUUAG